AUGCGUCUCUACAUCGUCGUCUGCCUGCUCGUCGUGGCCUCGUGUGUCUUUGCGCUGCCGGUCCCCGCUGAGCAUGAGAGGCCGCUCUUCGGACCGUUUGUCGGCGCACCGAUCCUGCCUCGCGACGCCGUGGCGCCGCAAGACUCGGCGGCGAAGCGCGAGCCGUUCGCCUUGUGGGAGGAGAGCAAGGUCGGCUGGACCAGCGCCGGAGAUGGUCGUCGUGACAACUCGCCGGUGAAGCGCAAGCCCUUCGCCGUGUUCGCGGCGGCCAACAUGGUCGGCUUUACCAGUGUCGGUGACGGCGCGGCCGUCGGUUCCGUAGGUUCGACGGCCGGCUUCUCUCGCGACGAUCACUCUGCAGCAAAGCGCUCGCCGUUCAGCCUCGCCACGAGCUGGGUCGACAUCUGGGCCGGUGCAACUCCUGGGACCAGCGCCGCUCAAGCCAAUGCUGCUACGCACCUCCGCGACGUCUCGCCGGCCGAGCGCGAUGCCAACGCCUUCGGCAUGGUCGACAUCAAGGGCAGCCAGGCCUGGUCGGCCGGCCACAAGCGCGACUUCGACGCCGUCUCGCCCGCAAAGCGCGGACCGUUCGGUUGGAUCUUCGUCAAGGGCCCCUUCAACUGGGGCGCCGGCCACCGUAAGCGCGACAUUGUCCACCAGCCGCCGUCCAGCAGCUUCGACAAUCCCGGCGUGUCCCACAAGGUCGCAAGCCGUGCGCCGUUCAGCGCCAGCCUGUGGGCCAGCCCAUGGUGGCAUCACCCUGCCGGUGACCGUCGCAGCCCGUUCGCCACGAUGAAGGGCACUCAUCGCUGGAUCGGUCGCAGCCCCUUCGCGUGGUGGAAGGACUCCGGUCGUUGGAUCGGUCGCCGCUUCGACACGCUCGGCGCAGCGCUCGCACGCCGCGCCGCUUUCGGCUGGUGGCGCACUUCUGGUCCCUGGAUCGGCGGCCGCAGUGACGCUGCCGACGCCCACCUCGCAAGCCGUGGUCCGUUCAGCUGGAAGCUCCUCGAUGCUGGUCGUUGGAACGGUCGCCGCAGCGACGCCGCCGACCCGACACUCGCAACCCGCAACCCGUUCAACUGGUGGCUCGACAAGGGCCGCUGGGGCGGUCACCGCCGCGCCGCCGACGAUGCAACACUCGCAGGCCGUAGCCCUUUCGCCGUCUGGCGCACGACCGGCAAGUGGGCUCAUCGCCGUGACACCAAAGACGCCUCGCUCGCAGCGCGCGAGCCAUUCGGCACGUGGUGGGUGGGCCAGUGGGGCUCGUGGGGCUCUCACCGCCGUGCCACCGAAGACGCCUCGCUGGCAGUGCGCGAGCCAUUCGGCUCGUGGUGGACGGGCCAGUGGGGUCCGUGGGGCUCUCACCGCCGUGACAUCGACGACGCCUGGCUGGCGCCGCGCAGCCCUUUCAGCCCAUGGUUCCCGCGCCCCUGGGCCCCGCCUCGCCGUGAGGCUGGCGAACAGCACCUCUCGGAGCGCAACGCCACCGCCGGCGGCCAGCCGCUCGACAGGCGUGACGUACACACCUGGGACAAGGAGCAUCGCUUCACCGGCUCCAGCUCUCGCCGCGACGUCACCGCCAUCAAGCGCGAGCCUUUCAGCUGGUGGAAGGCUCACAACUUCGUCGGCUCUGGCACUCGCCGCGACCUUGACGCCGACAAGCACUCGCCCUUCAGCUGCUGGUGGUGCGCGACCGACUGGAACGGCUCGGGCGGUCGUCGCGACAUCAUCGACACCGACCAUGAUGACGUCGACAAGCGCGAGCCCCUCAUCCACGCUGUGCGCGACGUCGCGCUCCCUCGCAGCGACGCAGACAAGCACCACGACGAGGCGAAGCGCACGGAGCCAUCGCCGCAAGAGGUCCGUCGCGAUGCCGCCGAGCCAGCUGCAGAGUGA